CCUGUUCAGUAUACAACUACAACAUAUGACAUGCAGGACAUGCAGUCAGUUCUCUUAUAGACCUUCAUCUCAAGUGUCUAUUUGAUGCGUCUUGUAUAGGGCAUACAUCCAUCCCCCCUCUGUAAAUAUAAUAUAAUGGUUAGGUGGGACUGCCCAGAGAAACGACGUCAUACAAGGACGAGCUGAAUUUAUAUUCGGGGAACUUGAUUGAAACCUCAAACAUCAACUCUCAUCAAUCUGCUACCUGGGUAUAACGAUAACGACUAGAGAAAAUGACUGAAAACGAGCAAGUCGCACCCUCCGAGAACGCAUCCGCCAACGCUGCCAGCUCAACAACCUCAAAUGUUCUCGAAACGGCGGAGAAUGUAUUAAACACCGUGGGUGACAAGGUCGUCAAUGUGGCCGGACAGAAUGAGACAGUUCAGAAGACUACUACGUUCGUUGAAGAGAAUGUGUUAAAGGCCAAUAAACAACAAGACGGCCCUGCAACGGACGAUAAAGCAGUGGAUAAUGUGCCCGACGAACAGAUCGAGGAGUUUAUGAGGCAUCAGAACCGGAGUUAUCAGGGGUAG